CGGACAUGAAGAAAGAUUUAGAAGCAUUAAUAGCACAGGAACGGGCUGACAUUAUUGCCAAAUAUGAAAAGGGUCGACAUGCAGGAGCAGAAAUUGACCCCUGGGAAGAUGCAGAUUUCACUGUUUACAAGAUCAUGGACAGAUUUGGGUUCUUGCAUGAGAAGGAGCUGCCUGCUACCCUCAGUGCAGUGGAAGAAAAGCAAAAACAGAUAGAGGUUGAAAGAGUUAGCAAGUGGCUGAAGAUGAUGAAGAAAUGGGAUUCAUACAAAAACAGUGAAAAGAUGAUGCGCCGGGUGUACAAGGGGAUCCCCCAGCAGGUGAGAGGUCAGAUCUGGUCCCUGCUGUUGGACAUUGAGAAUCUGAAGAACACAAAUGAUGGUAAAUACGAGAAAAUGAAGGAGCAAGCCAAGACGUUCUCUGCAGAAAUUAGACAGAUUGAUCUAGAUGUCAAUCGCACCUUUAGAAACCACAUUAUGUUCCGGGAUCGUUAUGGCGUGAAGCAACAAGCUCUGUUCCACGUCCUUGCAGCCUACUCUGUGUACAAUACAGAGGUGAGCUACUGCCAAGGAAUGAGUCAGAUUGCGGCCAUCUUGCUGAUGUAUUUAAAUGAAGAGGAUGCCUUCUGGGCACUGUCACAGCUGCUAACUGAUCAGAAGCAUGCAAUGCAUGGUUUUUUCAUCCCUGGAUUUCCAAAACUUCAGAGAUUCCAAGCUCACCAUGAACAGCUUCUAAGUAAAAUGUUUCCAAAACUGAAGAAACAUAUGGACAAGGAGCAGAUGUUGACAGGUAUCUACACCACCAAGUGGUUCCUACAGUGCUUUAUAGACAGGACGCCUUUUACACUUACCCUGCGAUUGUGGGAUAUCUACAUCUUGGAAGGUGAGCGGGUUCUGACAGCCAUGGCUUAUACUAUCCUCAAGCUUCACAAAAAAAAAUUAAUGAAACUGUCACUGGAAGAGUUGCGGGAAUUUCUACAAGAGAAAAUAUCAGGUACCUUGAACUAUGAAGAUGAUACUAUCAUUGAACAAUUGCAGCUGUCCAUGACAGAACUACGCAAGGUGAAACUUGACCUCCCCCCACCAGCAAAACCAGAAGAAUUUCCAAAGAAGCCACUGGGUCAGGAGAUUGCUGUCAAUUUAAUACCUGUACCACCAAAGCCCAAAUUUGCUGCAAAUGGCCAGAACAAAUCUGCUAGCUCUACAGAUGAUGUUAAAAAUAAUGCAGAACACCCAUGUUCAGAAACUCUAUGUGUUCAGAAUAACAGAAACAAUUCAAAUACAAGUCCUGUGGAAGACGGACUGAUUUUGGAGCUUAAGCCAGAUUCAACAGAACCUAUGGAUGAGACUGUCAUUCAAAACCAUGAUCCUAUACCUGAAGAAGUGCAAGCAAUCUGCCAAGUAAGUGGUGUGAAUUUGCUGUCAGAUACAGAAGAAACUCAGCUUCAAAAGCAAGACAUCGAUGAAUGUCCUGAGCAAAAUCUACAGUUCGGAGAUGAACUCAAUGUUCUAGCAUCGAAUAAGAACACUGUCUUACUCUUAAACAUUUCAGACUCUUCCCAGCCAGAAAAGACUGAAAUUUCAGAACUGGAAAAAGGGACCCUUGUAAUAGAAUAUCCUGUUUCUCUUUUGCAAGAAAAUGUAUCUUGGUCAACUUCAGUCAAUGACACUCUUAAAAGCACAGAGGAGGUCCAGCCUCUGACGCACUUAGACAGAGCUCCCAGUGUGGCAGCCAACAGCUUAACUGGCCAAGUUUUAGAAGUGCAAAAUGAAAUCAGUUUGAAGAAUACCUUUGAACAUGAAAAUGAGAAGUUAAAUCCAAGUUCACCGUCAUUAGAAAUUCAGCCAGAAGCUCAACUUGAGCAGGAUCAUCUGCCCAUAGCACAUAAACAUCAGACAGGUUUGAAUGUUCCUGUUGAUGAAGGUGGUUCCAUCUGUAAUAAUUCCAGUACUUUCAUUUGUCCUUCCAAAAUCUCACCUGCUGCAGAAAAUAUAACUUUGUCUAUCAACCAAGAUUCAUUUUUAAAAGAAGCUUAUGUAAUGAAAGAAUGCAUGCUAGAACAUGUUUUACCAAUGGAGCUGCAGACAGCUUCACUCCACACAGAGCACACGGAGUACUCAACACAAGCAGCAACACUUCUUGUACCAGAAGAGUUAGGAAGAAAGCAGCAUUCAAAUCUAUCACAGAAUGACAUGUCAAACUCUGAAUUGUGCUGUAGCCAGAGUUCUGCAUCACUUGGUGCUGAAAAUAUAAACACAAUAACUGAUGAAGCAAUAGAGAGCACAAUUCCCCUUCCUGAAGCUGUUGACUCUAUACCCAUGCCCAAUGGUAAAGUGACUAUCUCACUGGAACCUAGAGAAGAAGGUACAUGCUCUACUGAAGAGAUGCCAGAACCUAAUGAUCAGAUUAAAAGCGCAUCAUCUUUACAUCAGUGUUCUAGUCGUUCCCCAGUAUUAAAUUUACAGGAGCUUCAUUCAAAUGAGGAAUGCCCUGUAUCACACAGUCCACCUUUUCAAACCAGCCAACAAGUUCCAUUUACAAUUAUAAAAUCAUCCACACCUGUUCAUAUGUCACAUACCACAGAACGAGACAUUUUGGAGAAAAGGCAAAUGGCACUGCCUUUACAAGGCCGUGUUGCAAUGCUUCUCACCUAUAAAGGAAGUGAAUUAUGCAGUUCAGAGAAUAAAGCAGGCUCAGAAAAUAAUUGUGGCACAACUAACACAAUUUCUAAUAGUGUACUAGGACAUGUUAGGGCACAAGGACCCUUUACACUACCUUUCCACAGUCCACAGCUGAUUAGGUCGCAUGAACAGCCAAAGAUUAUUACAACUUGCUCAGAUACUGAAUUCUACACAGUGAGUUUAGCCAGGGCACGUCUGCCUAAAUCAGAGACAUUUUAGGAGUAUUUAUCAGAGUUAAUCAUUCUGGGUAUUCAGCAGCAGUCUUUUGUUUUCCUGUUUAAAAAAAAAAAAAAAAGAGUACUGAAAUGGGAAUGCGGAUAUGUAACUAAUAGAUGGUUUAGCAGAAGUAACUGUGAUGUGUUAACUGUUUUGUUGAAGAAAAUCUCAGUUUGUGACAGGUUGCACCAACUGCAUUGUGAAGUAUGAUUUUAAAUUAAUUUUCACAGAGUAGUUCAAACAUCUUACCAGAAGGAUUAUUGCUGCAGGAAUUUAUCAUAUGAAUAGAAAUUAACAGAAAGUAGAUGUCGGUCCCCUGGCUUGAACGUUUUUAGCAUAUGGAAUCCAUUAAGGAUGCAUGGAUGCAGCUUACAAAUUAUCAGAGUUAUUCCAGUUGUAUAAGAAAGAGCACUGUGUGCUCAUGCACACUUUUGCCAUCUGGUGUGAAUGAUCAUUCCUCUUGAGUUUUCUUUGAUUUUCAGUCAGUUCCAAUGCCUCUAUCUUCAACAGUGCAAAGCACAAACCUUCUCUAAUCUUAACUAAUAUAGAAAUAUAAAUCUUCUGUAUGCUUGCACUGGUGGUGUAGAGCAAUAGAGAAUUGACUUGGGUCCUGUUGGCCCAAGUUUAAAAAGAAGUGCAUGUACUUGAUGAUGCAGGCAAGGAGGAAGGGCAAGACGAGGGAUGGUGGUCCCAACUGGCUCACACCACUGCUCUGUUUUCAUAACCUCUACUGCAGCACUUUGGGAAGCCAUUGCAGGGAGGAUAUGUAUAUGACUGACAAAACUGGUUAUGGUAGCCCAUGACAACACAUGUGUAGGAGCACACAUAUGUGGGCAAAAGAGCAUAGGUGGUCCUUGUGAUGAUGCAAGUGCUUGCAUCACCAAAUAAGUGGCCCUUGUGAUGAUGCAAGUGCUUACAUCACCAGAAGGGUAAUGGGUUAGGUCAUUCACAAUAAAAUGCAAUAACAGCCUGGAAGCCAGUGAUGGCAUGAUACCCAUGAGAAAGGUCUUGCCUCAGUGAAUCUUGGGAGCAAAUGGGCAUCAAGUAGGGGGAGUUCUGAUUGUCAGCAAGCAAAGGAGAAAAAAAGAGUUCAAUAAAAGAAUAGACACUUUGUACAAUUUUAUGUUAAUUCCCACUGUGUCCCAAUAGAAAUUGCCAAGAAGUGCUCUUGUAGGCAUCAGAUUUGUCCAAAGACUAUUGUCUUCAGUAUCUUUCUUGUGACAAAGGAGGUAGUUGUCAGCAUUGUAGUAAAUUAACAAAAAUAAACUUCAUCUAAAAGAGAGAAGAUAUUACAGGCUUCUUUAAAGUAUAAAAAUGAGUUCCUUUUUUUCUUAAACCACGUUAAGUAAAAAUCAGUAAUUAAGAUGUGACAUCUUAUAAAAGAAAAUUGGUCAAGAAAAUGAAGAUAUGUAGAAAGUAUUCAUUUUGCAAUAUUACAAAAGUAAAAAUAAAAUAAUAUUACAGAGCUUACACUGGUUACUUUGCAUGGACUAGUGCUGGUAAUUGAAGGGCCUGUUGCACCAAGCAUGGCUGCUCCUAUUGCAACUGCUAGAGUUAAUGUUGAUUAACUAACUCUGCAAGUGGAAGGCUGCUCCAUGUCCUCUAUUCCCUGUAUCACCUGGCUGUCCUAAAAGGAGGCUAUGGGAGAAGCAGCAGCAGUGGGACAGGCUGCUGUGAUUUUCAUCUUUUUUAUUAAAAUGGCACAUAAUGCUGGAACAUUCCAGGCAGAUAAAAAUAAAGUUUUCAUCCUGGACACUGAUACUUGGGUUUCAGGUGCAAGUCUAUAUGUGGAAUUAAUUCAUCUAUGCAUUUGAGACUUCCGUUGCUGCUCCCUCUCUUAUACUGGAUGACAUGUCAACUGUUGUGGCUUGGAAUCCUGGAGAACAGAUGCUUGUAGGACAAAUAUCUGGUUCUCAAUUGGCCAUUGUAUAGUCCAUUUCCAAGAUGUUCACUGUUAGGCCAUCUAGGUAUCAAAAAACAAAAAAGACAUAGCUGAUAAAACCGAAGAAACAAAUGUAAUGUAC